UGUGCAUGGACGGUUUGAUGUCGAUGUCGAAGUUUUGGUAGGACAGAUGAACAGACGCUAUUGAAACCGUUAGCCUUAAAUAAUUCAAGGCGCACAGUUGCCUAUUCGCAAAGCUUCGGCAAAGAUCUUGAACGACAACGAAAUCGAAAGGCACACAAUGAACAGCGUCCACAACCCAGAACCUCAAGAGACGACGGCAUCGCAUUCCUAAAAUCCACAUCGUUAGACACAAAGAGAAGAUAGCAACAUGUACUUGACCAGAAGCGAAUACGAUCGGGGUGUGAACACAUUCUCUCCUGAAGGCCGUCUCUUUCAGGUCGAAUAUGCCAUUGAAGCUAUCAAGUUGGGUUCCACAGCUGUCGGGCUUCAAACCAAGGACGGCUGUGUCUUGGCCGUGGAAAAGCGCUUGACGUCUCCUCUUUUGGAUCCAACCUCGGUGGAAAAAAUUGCCGAGAUUGACUCGCAUGUGGGUGCUGCCAUGAGUGGUCUCGUGGCCGAUGCCCGAACUUUGGUCGAGCACGCACGUGUCGAAGCUCAGAAUCACACAUUUACCUACGAUGAACCGAUGGGAGUCGAAGCGUUGACUCAAGCCGUUUGUGAUUUGGCUUUGAGUUUUGGGGAGGGCAGCGAUGGUGAUUCCAAAAAACGAAUGUCUCGUCCUUUUGGUGUAGCGCUUCUUCUUGCUGGAUACGACAGCAUGGACGGGCCUCAGCUCUUCUUUAGUGAUCCUUCGGGAACGUUUGUACGAUACAAGGCUAAAGCCAUUGGAGCUGGAUCGGAAGGGGCCCAAAGCAAUUUAGAAGAAUCCUAUUCCGAAACAAUGACACUGGAAGAAGCCGAAGACUUGGCGCUCUCAACCCUCAAACAGGUCAUGGAAGAAAAAAUAUCCACCGACAAUAUCGAACUGGCUCGAGCCACUGGAGACAAGGGGUUCCAUAUUGCUACUCCCGAAGAAGUGGCUGUCAUAUUGGAGCGACUAUAGGUACUGUAGAUUGGCAAGAGCGAGCACUCAAUAACAACGCUGGAAGAAAGAUCUAAAGUCUAGGAAGAAUAUCUACAUCUC